UAUAUUGUCUUGCAAUCAGCUAAAUCCGUAACCUUAACAUGUCCUACGAAAGUUCGUCCACAUCUGAUGAUGGUUGGAAAACCGUGGGAGCCAAGCCGAGCUUCACCAUGUCCGUCGGUGGUCGCUCACUGGGAACGCCCAUGCCCAGCCUGGCCACAUCUUUUUCGGUGGACUCCCACUGGAAUCGUCAGGUUAAUUAUAGCGUCUCUAAUGAUAACUCCUCACCGGGCACACUAGGAAAAGCCACAACCAGCUGGUUCGCUGGCCUGCGAACGACUCGCCCGAGCAUCACUCGCUUAAUUCAGGGUAAUUACGAUAAUCAAAGUUUAAUAUCAGACAAGAGCAGCAAGUACGACAUCAGUGCAUUCUCUCACAUAAGUGUGAGCGUGGCAAAGGAAAAGCCAAGCGAAGCUUUGGCCAAAAAGGAAAGACUUAUGGCGCAAACUUUGGCCAAGUACGAGUAUGAGGACUAUCUAAAUACUUUUGUCAGGCUGGAGGACAAAAAGUACUUGACAAGUGAACGGGCCAUGCAGCUUUUGGUGCCGCUUAAAGUACAGCCUGGGGAGAUUGUGUUGAGCGAGUCCAAGUUUAAGAAGGAACAAGCAAAGGGUCCUUUGGGCACACAUUACUUUUUCAAGCAGCACAAAAUAGCCAAUGAUCCGUUGGUCAUUGCGCUCGCCGAGCGCGAGAAACUCAAUGCUGUUAAAGAGAUUUCGAGCAUUAUCUUUAUUAGCACCCGAAACUCAAAGGGCUUUCUAAUAUCCGGCUAUAUAGACUAUGAGCAGAGUUUGCGUCACCUCAAGUUGGGCCAUCAUUCAGAGCACGAUUGGGUGAAUAUUUUUGCCGGCAAUCAGCGCCUCGAACCCACCGAACAAGAUCUCAGCUUCAUUGCCUGGAAGACCGGCAAAGUUUCCUAUAACAAUUCGGAUAAUUACAAGAUAAUGCCAGAUGCCAUAAAGGGUUUGUGUUUCCAGCACAAGGGCGAUGGCUGUGUGAUAAAUAUUGAGAAGCGCAUGACGGACGAUAAUCCGCAGUGCACCUAUGUGGAAUCACCUAAAAAUGGUUCGAUUAUUAUCUAUGAUCAUCGUAUAAGGCGAAAGAAUUGAAGAACAAUAUUUUGAGUACAUUCGACGGCGCACUUUCGAGAUCAAUAAUAAACCUCUUGUUAGAUCAAAAGGAUGCCAUAACCAAAUACAAAGCAAUAUCAAGAACAUCAUAAUAUUUGGCACACACACAGAAAAGAGCCUCUUGCCGCUGACAAAGCAAAAUAAUCGAGCAAUAGAUCAGAGCACUACCAGACCAUACCAGACUGACUGCUGCCGCCUACGUCACCGACAGUCAGCGUCACAGGGAGACUCAGGAGAGCGCAUACCAUCCAACAAAAAUGAAAGAGAGCAAACUGGAGAGAGUCACGCCAGCGCCAUUCAUCAGCGCCAUCUGCAGAGGGGGAUCGUCAGUAGGCAUGCAAAGCGCUCCAAGACUGGAUGCUGCCGUCGCGUUCAAAUAAAUUCAC